GCCUAUUGAUACCACACUCAUCAGCCCUAGCGCAAUGUGUGAGUGUUAAGUAUUCCUGUAGGCCUCUUUCAUAGGUGUCACGCUUCAUGAGAACCAUGGAUUUAGUUUUGUCGGCCCUGACAAGAGUGAUGUUGUUAAGUUUCAUCCAACGCAUCGUACGUCAUAGCUUGUCUCUUAGAUCCACUAUCUCAGGUGACUCCUUGGAAUUUUUUAUUUUUAAUGAGGCCAUCCAACGAUAGUAUUCCUUUUGUCUAUCUGAUAGUUGUCGUACUAGAAUUUCCAGAUCAGGAAUGAGGCUCUUUGUGUCCGCCUUCUUUGGGCGUAGUGCAAAGGCUGGUCCAAACUUGAGGACAUCCACCACAAAACUCGGUAGGGUUAAGUUAUCCCACACUGUAAAUGGGAAGGAGGGUUGUUUGCGACUCCUGGGAACUUGGAAGCGUAAAAUCCACUGAAACUUCUUCUGGUAAUGCCUCUUGAGAUUGAUUCUAAGCCUAUCCUGGAUGUUGACUAUCUUGGCAUUCUCUUCUGAUAGUAUCCCCGGACCCAACUGGAACAAAGAAUUUUCAAUUUCCACCACUUUUGUUAACUUAGAAUAGAGUUGUUUCCUGGUGCACUGAAUGGCUCUGUUUAGACACAUCAUCCUCACUUUACCAAGGAGGGGUUCGCUCCCCGGGGAGGUGUAUCCGGAAAAAAGACUAAUUAAGACUAAUUAAAUUAAUUCAAUCCAGACUGGACGUCUGGAUUAAUUUAUACAGGCGUUUAAAAAAUCAACAAUAAUUCUACACUCUUUUCCCGCACCUCCUACGUGAUUCAAGGCGCAUAUGCGUCGGCCUCUUUAUGUGCGUCUUUUAUAUGUUACAUGUGUUCUAUAUAUUUUAAAUUAUGUCCCACGCUCUUAUAAUUUUUAAUGUAAACUUGCACUUAUGGCUCUAAUUUGAUCGGCUUCUAUGCUGUCUAUGUUAAGGCGCAUGCGUGCCAAAAAUUUUAUACGUGUUUACAAAAUGUUUUAAUUUAAAGUCUAAAAUUUACUUGUUCUUAAUAGCCAUUCUAAUUGGCUCUUAUGUUAUGCAUGUUAAGAUGCACGUGCGCCAAUUUUUCACAUUUACAAAAUAAUUAAUAGCCAUUCUAAUCGGUGUUUAUUUGCUUUAAAACACAUGCGCGCCAAUUUUAAAUGUUUUUAAUUCUAAAAUUUAAAUCUUAUUUGUAAUAGUUAUAUUCCAAAAACGGCCAAUAUCAUUAAUGCUUAAAUUUAAAUGUUCUAUUCGAAUUCUCUACUCAAUUUUGAAUUGCCUGAAGACGACGUACAUAUUUACGUUGAAAGCGCUUGCAAGAUUAAAAUAUUUCUUUUAAUUCUAGUUAAUGCCUCAUAGUCUGAAGUUUUUGAUGUUUUUGAUUGAGUUAACUGUUGGCGUGACGUCCGAGCCGAGUAUUUAAUACAUCUAACGAGAGGGCACCUAACGUUUCACUCUAGUGCCAAAUUUAUUUCUAAUUUAUAAUCAUUAUAUCCGGGCAGGGUGCCCCAAAUUUGUUUCGUUGCAUUAAUUGGUGAGUUUUGCGUCUAUUUUUGGCCUGCUCGUGCCUUUAGAUUGUGCUCUUUUUUUUUUUUACUUAGCGUUAUAACGAAGCCAUAGGGGAAGCAGUUACUGAACCUCCCAGUGGUCCUGCCUGUGAGUAGCCCCUAGUGGGCGAAACUAAUCAGUAACUGCGACAAGUUGAACACGUUUGAACAGUCCUUUUAAGGACUAUGGCCAAAAGGCCUAAAGUCUCUGAGACAGACGACGAGACAUCCUCCCAAGAGAUGGAGGUGUCUCUGCAGCUCGAAAGAGUGAUGUUUGCGGAAAGUGUCCGUGACGAGAUACAAGAGUACAUGUCAAUGAACAGCACAUGUAAGAUGAUGUCAAAGCAUGCAGUGUUCAUCUACGAGAAAAUUGAAAAGAUCAUCUACAUAAUAAGGAAAAGUGAAGAAGAUCCACUUAGAAAUGUAAUGGACUCUAUUAACACAAAACUUGACAAGGUCCUUUCUACGACAGUACCUGUACAAAGUUAUGCUCAAGCAGUAGCUAAGAAGAUGAAACAGCAGCCCAAGGAGAUAAUAUUGGUGGAGCCGGAGCGGGAGGGUGAAGACCCAGAAAGAACUAAAGAUAGAUUAAAGAAGAACGUGAAUCCAAGACAGUUGGGAGUGGGAAUUCAGACUGUAAGAAAAUUGAGAAGAGGUGGUAUCGCAAUAGAAGUUGGUACUGAGGAAGAAAAGAAGAAGUUAAGAAGAGAGAUAGAAGAAAAGACUGGCCUGAAGACUAGAGAGCCAGUGAAGAGAAGACCUCGGAUAGUUAUCUAUGGAGUAUCUAAGGACGCUUCAAAAGAAGAAGUAGAGGAAUGCUUAUUUGAACAGAAUGACAUAUUGAACUGUAAUCUAGAUAUUGAAGACUAUAAAAAAGAAGUAGAAUUGAAAUUUAAGUAUGGAAAUAGACAAAAACUGACAGUAAAUUGGGUAGCAGAGGUUAGCCCAAGAGUGCGCCAAGUAUUGUUGCCAAAAAAGAAAAUUAAUCUGGGAUGGUCCAGAUGUGGCAUAGAAGAAUAUAUAAACGUUACACAAUGUUACAAAUGCUGUAAGCUGGGACAUAUUGCUAAGAAUUGCGAAGAGAAAGACAUUGUCUGCAGCCAAUGCGGACAACAACAUAGAUUUAAAGAUUGCCCGAAUAAAGGACGUGCCGAUUGCUGUAACUGUAGGAGGGAGAAGUUGAAGGAUACAUGCCAUAAUGCGUGCGACAAAAAGUGUCCCCUAAUUCAGAAAGUGAGAAGAAUGAUAAUAGCCAAAAUAGAUUAUGGCUCUAACUGAUCUAGAAGAGCUUCAAACGAUUAAAUAUAUACUAUACUAUACUAUACUAUAUGAUCAUUGUGAGACGCCGAAGACAUUGAUAAUAGUGAACAAUAAAAAUAUACCAGUUGUAUACUACACGCAAUGGAGCAAUAGUAGAAUGACGUGUAUAGAAGUUGGACGUGGAAACAAUAGUGUCUUAUUGAUAAGUAUCUAUUGCCCAAUAACAGAGGACUUAGGUCCCCUUUUAAGUGAACUAGAUGAAUUGAUUGGACAUUUCAAACAUAAAAACAUAGUUAUAGGAGGUGACUUGAAUGCCCACUCACAGUUGUGGGGCGAUCCCAACGACGAUGGGCGAGCAGAACUGUUGUUGGAUUUUGCCAGCUCUAAUGAGAUGCACAUAUUAAAUGAUCCUGAAUCACAGCCAACCUUUGAAGGGCCAACAGGCCGCAGCUGGAUUGAUAUCACAAUGUGCAAUAACAGAGCACUUAGACUAGUUCAAGGCUGGGCUGUUUCUCCAAUUUCAAGUCUCAGUGACCAUAACUAUAUCUUCAUGACAAUCAGACAAAGUGGAUGGACUGCAGAAGAUGAUAUGACACAUUAUGCUAUCAACAGA